GCUAAAGCAACUGCUUGCUUUGAUGAAAACGUGACGCUGCUUUGGGGGACCAGGAUCCUUUUCUUGCACAUUUUUGGACAACACAGCCUCUCACACUUUCGGAGGUGUUUGCAGCACUGACACAGCGGACCGAUCGGUUAAUCGAUCCCCUCAGAGCACACAGACCUGGCAUAUCUGUAGACAUCACAGAAAACCGGGAAAAUGUCUGAUUUUGAGGAAUUUGAGAAACAGCUGAGUGAGAACCGACAGGAGAGAGAAAGAGAACGACAUAAAAAGAGGAGUCGCAGUGGAUCUCCAGGCCGAGGAGACAAACAUCGCAGCUGGAGCAAAGAACGCGGUAGCCGCAGUCGUGAGAAGAGAAGCCGCAGUCGAGAACGUAAGAGCCGUGACCGCCGGAGCUCCUCUCGUGACCACAAAAAGCACAGCCACUCCCCAAGGAGAACGAGGAAGAAAAGAACAUGCAAAUACUGGGACGUUCCUCCUCCUGGAUUUGAGCACAUCACACCAAUGCAGUAUAAAGCUAUGCAAGCGGCCGGUCAGAUUCCAACAAUUGCUCUCCUGGCCACAUCCACCACCACUGGUGUGUCUGCAGCUCCCACGCAGGUUCCCAUUGUUGGCAGUCAGAUGACAAGACAAGCGCGCCGGCUCUACGUGGGAAACAUCCCCUUUGGAGUGACGGAGGAGUCCAUGGCGGAGUUCUUUAACGCUCAGAUGAGACUGGCUGGGCUCUCACAGGCCCCCAGUAACCCUGUGCUUGCUGUGCAGAUCAACCAGGACAAAAACUUUGCUUUUCUCGAGUUCCGUUCUGUAGACGAGACGACGCAGGCGAUGGCCUUCGAUGGUAUCAUUUUUCAGGGUCAGUCCUUGAAGAUCAGACGACCUCAUGACUACCGACCUUUACCUGGAAUCUCAGAGCAGCCUGCCUUCCAUGUCCCAGGAGUGGUCUCCACUGUCGUCCCUGAUUCCCCUCACAAACUGUUCAUUGGAGGUUUGCCAAACUACUUGAAUGAUGACCAGGUGAAGGAGCUCCUGACUUCGUUCGGGCCUCUCAAAGCAUUCAAUCUGGUGAAGGACAGUGCUACGUCUCUGUCCAAAGGUUACGCCUUCUGUGAAUAUGUGGACGUCUGCGCCACAGAUCAGGCAGUUGCUGGGCUUAAUGGGAUGCAACUUGGAGACAAAAAGCUGAUCGUCCAAAGAGCAAGUGUGGGAGCUAAAAAUGCUAAUCCUACCUCUAUCAUAGAGACCCCAGUGACGCUACAGGUCCCGGGGCUGCAAAGGCUGCAGAACUCUGGCAUGCCUACAGAGGUCUUGUGCCUCCUCAACAUGGUGAUGCCUGAGGAGCUGGUGGAUGACGAGGAUUACGAGGAGAUCCUGGAGGACAUCCGAGAGGAGUGUUGCAAAUAUGGCAGCGUCCGCUCCAUUGAAAUCCCCCGACCGGUCGAUGGUGUGGAAGUCCCUGGCUGUGGGAAGAUCUUUGUGGAGUAUGUUUCUGCUGCAGACUGUCAGAAAGCCAUGCAGGCUCUCACCGGCCGUAAGUUUGCCAACAGAGUGGUGGUAACCAAAUACUACGACCCUGACAUGUACCACAGACACGAGUUUUAAAGCGCAGGCCAGUCUGUGCUUAUUGUGAAUAAGUCCAGAGAGACUCUAAAAGACUUGAACUACUUCACAAACUGGACUGCGAUGUGUCUCAGUCCUGAAUAUCUAACUCCCAGCUUCAGCCUCAUACACAGUAAACAUGUACUGAUUAAAAAAUACUUAGUAUUAUUGACUUCUGUUGUAGAAUGAAUGUGACAUGUAUCUUACUUAAACCUGAAGUAAUACUGCCUGACAGUAACACACAGUAUCUGUUUAUAAAGAAUGCACUGUAUGAGAAAAAACAGUCAAAUGUUUAGAAUCUUCCUCCUGAGCACAAACUUUAUUUCUCUAAGAGAAAAAAAGGUUAUUUAUGUAUUUAUUUUUUGAAAAAACUAUUCCCUCUAUAAGUCCCUCUUUAAAUAUUAAUGUUACUUAAAUAUAGGAUGCUAUAACCAGUACUGCUUAGACAUUCAAAAUUAUUUUUAUUUUUUACAUCUUUUAAAAAAAUCUCACACUCUAUGGCUGUUGAUUGUUUUGUAACCCCUCCCGCUGAACAGCAAAAGUUAAAUCAGCUGACAAAACCAAACAAAAUAUGAAGAAAAUAUGGCCAAAUAUUCUAACCUGUGGCUCCAAAAAAACAAAACAAAACAAAACAAAAAAAAAAACAAUAAAUAACAGACAACAUGGACCUCAUCUCAUCUCAAAUGCUGUAAAUCCAAAGAAUGGAUGAUAAGAUGGCUAAGAAUAAUUUACUGUAGUCUUUGAUUACUUCCUGAAGUAGCUAGAUUGUCAAGACUUUACAACUAAUUAUAGCAUGAAUGCUAGUUGGUCAGCUAGCUAGCUAGCUAGCUAGCUAGGUGUGAAGUUGGCCCUAUUAAUGCUAAGGCCAACAUUUGGAGCAAUUUUUUCCCUUUUGCAAGGAUUUUAAUCAGCUAGCAAGUUAAGCUAAUGUUAUGUAA